AUGGGGAACGUAAAUUGCAGUGAAAUAUGCGAGUCAAACUAAUUUCAUAAUGUCAAGCAUAAAAAAGAGUUUGAUUAGGGCCAAGUUGCAGGAAUUGUUUAAAAGAGAAAAUAAUCUUAAUAGAUCUAUAAAUCAAUUCAAGCCUAAAAUGACAGGAAAAAUGAUUGCAAUCAAAUAAAUGAAGUCUAGAAAACAAGUUCAUUCAUUUCAUCAAAAGACAAGCAGAGAAUAGACAACUCUCCUCAAUACUACUAAGCUUAGUCAAUUUAGAACACUAUUAAAACUAGGUAAUUAACCUCCCUAAAAUUUGAUAGUUAAGAUACAGACAAUAAGAAGGAUGAAAUGGCUAUUCUGAGUUCAACUUAGUCUUUGAUUCUGACAUAGGAAUAUGAAUAAUCACAACUUGGAUCCUAAUAAAAAUCAAAUUAAACAGAAAUUCCUAAAAAUGAUGACAUCAGCAUCUCUAAGAAGAUGUCAGAUAUUCCAUAAAAAAGCAAAGUGUCUGAGGAGGAAAAAGAGAAAUUAAAAAAAUAGCAACUUAGUCUAAAUGCUAGAUUUUCUAAGGAAGACAUAAAUAAUGUCUAUAAAUUUGGUAAGGUAAUUGGCAAAGGAAAGUUUGGCUGCGUAAGAUUAGCUUAUCAUUAUCAAAAUCCAACCAAAAAGCUAGCUGUAAAAAGUGUCUUCAGAGAAGCCAUUUAAGAUCACAUUCACUUGAUUGAGCAGGAACACGAUAUCAUGAAAGAUGUGGAUCAUCCAAAUAUUAUCAAGAUCCAUGAAACUUAUAUGGAUAAAUAGUACUUUCAUUUUGUAAUGGAACAUUGCGAGGGAGGUGAUUUAUUUGAGAAGAUAUAAAAGAGGGAAAAGUUUUCUGAAAGAGAAACUGCCUACAUAAUAGAUAACAUGCUCUAGGCACUGAAUCAUUGUCAUUUUAAGAAUAUAUGCCAUCGUGAUUUGAAGCCUGAGAAUAUAGUAUUUAAGCGAAGAUCUCAAUAUCCGACAUCAUUAGAUAUCUCUAGAGGAGAAGCUGAACUCAAGAUUAUUGAUUUUGGUUUGGCAAAAUAUCUUCUUAAAGGUGACUAACUAAAAUCAAAAGUUGGUACUCCGUACUAUGUGGCUCCUGAGGUUCUAGAUGCAAAUUAUGAUCAUAGAUGUGACAAUUGGUCAGUUGGAGUUAUAACAUAUACACUUCUCUGUGGGUACCCGCCUUUUUUCGCAGAAAAUCAUCAGGAGAUAUUCAGAAAAAUCAAAUCUUGCGAGUACUAAUUCAAUCCAGUUGAUUGGGCUAUUUCCAGUCCUGAGUGCAAGGAUUUCAUAAAUAGAAUGAUAGUUAAAGAUCGAAGUGUAAGAAUGACAGCUCUUUAAGCAUUAAGACAUCCCUGGAUAGUAAAUUAUAGAUAAAUAAACAUGAAAAUUAUGCGAUAGAAGCCAAACUUGCAACAAGAGAAUCAAGUUUUAGAGAGAUUGAAAAAUUUCAAGACCUGUAGAAUUAUCAAAAAAGAAGCUUUAAAGAUUUUGAUAAGAGUUAUAGAUGAGAAACAGUUUGAACAUGUAAAGGAGGUAUUCAAUAAAUUAGACAAGAAUAAUUUAGGUGUAAUAGAUAUUGAUACCAUGUUGAAAGCUUUGAACCAAAAGGGUCAUAAACUUGAUAGAGGAUAGAUCUAGAAAAUAAUGGAAAAGAUAUCAAGUGACUCUAAUAUAUCAACAACUGAUUCAGAAAAUCCGAUGGAACUUAAGCGACAUAAUUCAACCAAAGAAGUUUAAUCGUAUCUGAGUUCGCCAGAACUAGCUAAGAGUAAAAGCUUUAUCGUACAAGAGGAGGAAUAAACUUAAAUUACUUACACAGAUUUCCUUAUCGCAACCUUAGAUCUGAAAAGUUUAGAUAAGAAUAAUUAAUGGACAGUUUUCAAGCACUUGGAUACUGAAAAUAGAGGCUAUAUAACAUACUAGAGUCUUGUAAGGGCCUUUAAAAGAUCAAGUAAACCAGAUUGUGAAAAUUAAGCCAAAGCUUUAAUGGCUGAGCUUAAUAUGACUAAGGAUGAAAAACUAACCUUUGAAUAGUUCCGUAAUGCGCUAAUGACUUAAAACAGCUUUUGCUAAGAACUUAAUCAAUCAGUUAUAUCUGGUAAAGAUUAAAAAGAUAAGUCAUCUGAUCCCAGCUUCACUAUAGUCUCAAUGUAAAGUUAACUGAAUAAUUCAUCAGCUUUUCAAAUACAUAACCAUGAGAUUUUAAGGAGAAAAUCCAUAGCAUUUUAGGAGAUUCAAUCGCAGUUGAAAUUCAAAAUUGAGGAUGUAUUAAGUGAGAAUGAGACCAAUUUAUCUAAUAACCCUGAUUAAGCAUGA